GGAGGAGCGUGGUGGUGCAUUUGUGUUGGGAGGCCCUCCAGGAGAGAAUGUUACUCUUCGGAGUCCACAGUAGAGUGGCCUGGACUAAAUCACAGAAUCAUAGAAUGGUUUGGGUCAGAAGGGACCUUACAUCCCAACCAGUUCCACCCCUCUGCCAUGGCAGGGACACUUUCCUCUGGAUCAGGUGGUGUAGAGCCUCAUACAACCUGGUCUUGGACACUAGAUUUGAAGCUGCUGAAGGAAACAUAAGAUCAUCUGAACUGGGGAAACACACCUUGGCUCUAAGACAUGAAGAGAAGGGAGCAGGCUGCUGGGUCUGGGCAAGCCAUGUGGUAAAGGUGUCUCUUGGAAGCUGUCCUAGUGCUCCAGCAGCCGUCUUGAGGUAACCGCAAGAGCUGCUUGGUGUCUUUGAGGGCAGGUCUUCCUUCGGGAAGGCUGAGGAGCCUGACACCUGCCCUGUUGUUAGUGGAAGGUGUUGGGGACAGUCUCUACUAAACGCGUGUUGUUGUAGGAACAGCCGUCACUUCUGUGCUGUGCCCGUCACUGGCCCCAGCAAGAGCGAGGAUGCAGUGCCGCUGGGCUCGUGUUGAGCGUGAGGGUAAAGGAGUUCCUGUGGAGUCAGGGCGAAAGGCUCUGGGUUGCCAGGGUGCCAGUUUCGUUAUGCGUUUAGCCCACAGCUCUUGUAGGCCCAGAAUUCAGUAGAACAAGAUUUCUUUCCCUCUUGUACUGAUGAAGAGCACAGAGAUAUUAGCCUAAGAUGGUCUCAGAGAUGAGUGUGCUUGCAGGCAGGCACACACUGUAAAGGAAAUGAAGGAUGAACUGAGAAGCCCACAUGGAGGGCGAGCUUUGAGCAUUUGCACGUUUUAUGCUAUUACACAUUGUGGCUUCAUCAUACAGUGGUUAAAACUCUUCAUGUCCUUGCAGCCUGUGAAGCUGGAGGCAGGGGAGGAAUGUCACCUCUCCAUCAGAUUUAAUCCUGCUUGUGAGGAGGGUUUGACUAGCAGGGAGGUAGAGAAGGUUCUGAAGAUACAGUUUCUUGGGCACCCUCAUGAGGAGCAGGUCUCUGUUCGGAGAGAAGUCUACUUUCCGAGUCUCUGUAUCCAGACCACAGCCCUGGACUUUGGCUGCAUCUUGAAUGACACUGAAGCAGUGCGUUAUACUGAGAUGAGCAACUGCAGCCCAAUUCCUGUGCGGUACCGCUGGUUGUUCCUGACAGACGGCCCGGCGAGCCAGACGAGAUUCAGCCCUCCUGCAAGUCAGUGUUUCAUCACACCGCAACCACCACAGGAGAACAUAGCCCAGUCGGAAGGCUCAGCAUCUGCAGAGAGCAGCUCCAGGGAGGAGGCUGCAGAGGAGCCAGCCAAAGGCCUGGGAGCAGCAGGAGAUGCUCUCCAAAAGCCAGCAGAUGCCAACGACUUUGAGUUUAUGGUUGCAGAACAGGGAAGGUUUCCUGUGCAGGCAAAUCUUAUUACAAGUUCCUGAAGCACUUUCAAGCUUGGCCUGUACAUCAGGCUUAGCUGUUUCAUUUGAGACCAGUGGAGGGCCAGGGGACUUAUCUAGGAUGGCUUGUUGUAGCAGAGGAACUGUGACCAGUAUCCAUUUUAAAGAGAUUUUAUUUUAUUGUCCCAUGGGUAGCUGGGAAAACCUUGGACCUACAGUCCCUGUGACUUACCAAAGUCUUAUUACCAGGUGGCCAGGACUUUGGUUUCAGAGGCUUGGGUUGAGUUUUUAGAGCAGUGAAUGAAGACAAAUCCACUUUAUUUGUUUCUUCCAUCUGCUUAGAAAUUUAUCCAGGCUGUGGUUUAAGGAUUGUCCUUACUUGUCCUUUCAGAACU